AUGGAAGAGGAUGAUGAUAGUGAUGAUGAUGCUUGCUGUCCAAGGUCACCAGUUACAUUAGGUCCUAGCCCAUCAAUCGGUCAUGAACAUGGUUUGGCUCGUCUGUUGAAGAACAAUCGCAAAUGGUCCAAAGCCAUCCGAGAGCGCCAGCCUGAUUUCUUUGAAAAAGGUUCAAAAGGCCAACAACCCAAGGUCUUUUGGAUCGGAUGUUCUGAUUCCCGUGUCCCUGAGAAUGAAUUGCUUCAACUCGCGCCUGGUGAAGUCUUCACUCACCGUAACAUCGCCAAUGUCGUUGUUAGCACAGAUCUCAACUGUCUCUCUGUAUUGCAGUACGCUGUCGAUGUCCUGAAGGUUGAGCACGUGGUCGUCUGUGGUCAUUAUGGCUGCGGUGGCGUCGCUGCUGCACUUGGUGACCAGUCCUAUGGAUUGAUCGAUCAUUGGCUUGCCAAUAUUAAGGAAGUCAAACAUCAACACCUCCUCAAUCUAGAGAAGAUUAGGGACCAAGAGGAUCGCUGUCGUGCCUUGGUCGAGAUCAACUGCAGGAACUCAGUCCUCACUGUUGCUAAAUCGCCCAUCAUUAGAGCCGCAUGGGAACGUGGACAGUCCAUCGAAGUCAUUGGGAUGGUCUAUGACAUCCAAAGAGGUUUACUCUCCGAGUUGGGUUACCAUGUUUCGAAUGCAGAUGAUUUGGCCUGCCACUUGAAAGUCAAUUCGAAUGAAUUGUUCGAAGCACGCAAGGAGUGUGCUGAGCUGCAGAAAUUGUAA